CUAGCCUCCAAAGCACACACUGUGCUAGUGCUACUGCUGCCUGCCUGCCAGUGGUGGUCUGCCCUCCUCAGCUACUGCUGCAGGGGACUGUGUCGCAUAUUUCCCUUCAGCCUGUCGUCUGUCAGCACCUGGUUGCCUUUGGACAAGGACGGUGAGACGUCCAGCUUUGACUGUAAGAACGUAUGUGCCUGAGAGUCUGACACACGUCUGUUCAAUGGCUACCUCAGGCCCCACCUCUUCUGCCUCCAUCACUGCCACUGUGCCUGAGGGUUUCCAUUAUGAAACCAAGUAUGUCGUGCUCAACUAUCUGGGAAUGCUGCCUGUGAGCAGAUCGCAGGCACUAACCACAGCUCAAGGAGAUGACCAGAAUGUGAGACAGAGGAGCACAAUAAUAAAAGAGCACGAGGAAGAGCUGAGACAACUGGAGGAAGAAAUUGCUGCCUCCUUUGCCACGACAGGCUUCGAGCGGUACAGGUCGCUUGUGUUCAAUCCACCCACCCCAGAGAACUCUAUUGAAGACUGCCUCGCCACAGUGGGAGACCGAGUGGCCAGAGAGCUUGACACACACCUGGCAGCAGCCGUACACACACUCCUCGCAGGGCCUCUGGACUAUCAGAGAUUCAGAGACACAACACGGGAUCUCUCAGCACACACACAGGGAGGCUGGAGCAAGGUGCUUGUACCGUUGGUGUUGCUCCAGGCUUUACAGAGCGAGGGCCAGUCACUGACAACUCUGUUACAUCUGGGCGUGCGCUUCCUAGAGGAGGAUGAAGCCGGCUACAUCAUCCAGCAGGGGGGAUGGGGCGAAGUAUUCAGCCUUGAGUCAGACGAGGAGCGAGGUGUGACCAUCGCCGAAGACAGCAACGACAUUUACAUCCUCUCAGGGGACCAGCAUCCUGACCAGCUCAGCCCCCCCUCCUCACUGCUCUGCACCGGGGACAACAGCAGCGAGCAGAGCUCUUGGCAGACAGAAAGCCUACCUGUGUCGCUGGCCGGCCACGAGUCUUGGGCGCAGGUCGGUGCGAUGGACCCCGAAGACGUCAAGAGCUUGGACAGCAACGAGGGCGUGGCUCUGGCCGAGGAGCGCAGCGAAAACAACUCCUCAAACUCGGACAUUGUCCACGUCGAACGCGAAGAUGCUGAGCUGCUGGAGGAGGGAGGCGAAGUGGGAGCGAUAGAUGAAAGCAUGAUGAGCGUUUUAGGCACAGAGAGUGAGCUGGCAGAGCUUAGGGAAGAAUUUAGGGACCAGACUCCACCUGUUGCAGUGUCAGCCGAGGCAGACUCCACAACCCCGGCCUCCCUGCUUUCAUUAGAGGAGCCGGUUGUAUUAGAGACGCCUGAGAGCUUGUCGGCGGAGCCUUCCCUCAUUUCCUUAGAACCAGAGCUGCCUCCCCAGGUCCCUGAGGCUGCUGCUCCCCCUCCCGCUGAGCCAGAACCCGCAGCACCUUUAUCUGUUCCUGCAGUAGAACCAGAGCCUGAGCCAGAACCAGCUGCCGCCACCGACCCAGUGCCUGCUGAGGUGGCUCCCCCAUCUCUAACCAAGGAAACCCCGGCUGCACCAGCAGAGCCAGAAGUCACCUCAGAACCAGUUCCUGAACCAGAGCAGGAGCCCGUCACAGUGCCUCCCCAGCCAGAGGAGCCAGAACCAGAGACUGUGGCAGAGCCAGAGGCCCCACUGGCUGAACCUCUUGUCCCAGUGGCUGCAGCGGCCCCUGUAGAAACCCCAGCCGAGGAGCCACCAGUGCAGCCGGAGCCGGAGUCAGAUUCAGAGCUUCCAGUGCUGCUUUACGGAGGUGCUGCACUGGUGGUCCUUGUUGCUGUAAUGGCUUAUGGUGUCAUAAGUUACAGGAGGAAGUAAAAAAUCUUUCUCAGGGGAGGAGAAUGCAAAUUAUGAGAUGUUAGGAUAGAAAUAAAUGUAUUAGUACACACACGGUGGGACUCUUCUUACAACCUUUGUUGGAUUAUGAAAUGAGGUUGCAUUUUUUUCAAAAAUCUGCUCUGCUUUUGAAGGUGUGAAAUCUGUUAAAAUGCCCCCCAGCAAACCAAAAUCUCACCUCAUCCACGACCUUACUGCUGGGAGUCCUGGCUGCUUCACCACACCAGGUACAAACACAGAAAGGGGAAAACGAUGCACUCCACUGUUCUCCUUAUUUUCAAUGUUUUCCUUUUAACACUUUUGCGUUAACUUGCAUUUUUGUGGUAAACCUCUUCAGACUCCAGCCCUUCAUCUCAUAGAUUGGAAGGUGUCUGGACUUGUAUCCCUCCUCUGCUAGUUUCGGUUUCUGUUUUGUCUGUGGCUCAUUGUUAGGAUUGUUUUUUACCAUUUGAGUCAGUGUUACCUAAAUGGAAAAUUCACUGACAACACUCCCUUCUUCGCUAAGGUAAACCUCAGAAACCACAUUGACUGUUGCUGCAACACAGAGGUUUUCUAGCCGUCUUGUUUUCUAUGCAGCAAAGUGGCAUUUAUUUAUACUUCCCACAUCUAACUGUGAUGAGUUAUUCUGAUGCUCUCUCUGAUGAAUGAACCAAAUGUAUGAUGUGCUGAUGAUUAAGAAAAGAAACCACGAAUUUGAUUUUCUGUGUCAGUUUGAAACUGCUUGAUACAAAUCAGGCAUACUAGGUUAGAUUUGUUACUUCACAUGCAGCAUAUUUUAGUUUUUGUGCAUUGAAACAUUAAAGAUUUUGCCCAAGAAUGGAUGAAAGUAUUUAAAUGUGUGCUAAGUUACAGUGCUGCUCCUGCAUUUGUAGCAUGCAUAUCAAUUUGAAUAUACUGUUAAGGUCCAAAAAAAGUUAAAACAGCAAGUAACAAGGUAUUUAAUCUUGCUGCAAUGGAGUUUCUGAUUGUAUUCAUACAGUAUAAGGUGUCAUAUUGUAUUUUUAAAGAUACCUGAGUCCUUGUGUAAACGGCACUACACAGUAUUACUCCAGAUAGGAGGAGCAGCAGCAAUGUGACUGCAGAGCAUAAAUCCAGUCGUCCCUUAAGUGGAUUUAAUGAUUGACUUUACUGGAUGAGCUACUUCUUCAAUCAAAGCCACACUUUCUCCCUUAUUCAUUCCUUCCUCUGCCAUGUCUGUAGUCCUCAGUAUUUUGCUCUGUAUUCGUCACUUCUGCUCGUAACGUACCUGACUCAUGCCACAACUUUCUAGUUUCUGCCGUCAUGACAGUUAAGAAUUCAACUCCACACCCUCCCUGAAAAGACAAUGUGAAAGGCAAAAAUGUGUUCUUCAACGACAAUCAAAACAGCUCAGUGUCUGUAUGGCUUCACUAAUGCAUAGAGAAUGCUGUUAAAAGAUUUCGAAGUAAAGUAAAACAAAAAAAAUUCAUGUAGAGUCAUCCAAUUUAUUUGUGUGAACAUCACCCAGCUUAGGAAAUCUCCCCAGUUACUAGUGAGCCAAUAUUUCACAAUGCAGGAGUUUUAAAACAGAAACUGUGGAUUGCGGUGGUGGAAUGUCCCCUGGCCUCCCCCGCAACUAGUGUAGACAACAUUAGCUACCCUGCCCCUUGAGAACUUAUAUCAGAGUUAUUUGUCAUCAGUAACACAGAAUUAAAAGGUGACAAACUAUUUUGUCCUCAAUGCUGCCUCGCCACUUAAUAUUUUCUCUUUGAAAAUUUGGGGGUACUGUGGUAAAUGUAAUCUAUGAAAAUUCAUGAAUGGCUGUAAAAACAUGGUGUUGAACAGAUCUUUCCUACAGAAAGGUAUUUCAAUAUAUGUCAGUCAGUGUUACACACAGUAAUACUCAUGGACUCAGACUACACCUGCUUUCAAAGGGAAACUGUUAGAGUACAGAGAAGGAUGGAUGUCCAAAGGUCCCAAACAUGACACUUUGUACCUUGAGUUUCCUACAAUACACUGUUUGAGAUGAGAAUAAAAAAAAUAUUUGAGAACUUU